AGAAGGGGAAAGGCCGGAGAACUAGCUUAUGUUUACUUGUGACGUCACAAAUUCCGUCCGACCGGCGAACGUCGCUGAAACGAAGACGAAGUGAAAGUUAAAUGGAAGUGGCGUGCGUUGUUUAUAUUGAAUAGUUUACAUGCUUGUUUAGUUCUAAUUAAUCUGUUACAUGCUUAUUUGCUUAAAGUUAGGCGUUGUUAUCAAUUUUUAAUUCGUUUACAAUGCCUGAUAGAUGUUGUGUUACUGCGUGCAAAUCAAAUUAUGAUAAAACUGGAGAAUAUGUUUCAGUUUUUCAAUUCCCUAAAGACGAAACAGUGAAACAUUUAUGGAUUAAGAAGAUACCCAGGGAAAAUUUUGUACCUUCAGAUCGAAGUGUUGUGUGUGAAAAACAUUUCACUGAUGAGUGCAUUAUAAGAUAUGAUGAGUAUUGGAAAAAUAAUGAAUUGGUUAAAGUUCAAAGAAGUCGGCCGAAAUUGAAGGCUGGUUCGAUACCAACAUUAUUUCCUGGUUGCCCAAAAUAUUUGUCCGAAGUUUCUUCAUCUAAAAGAAUGAGCAGAGAUGAAAAGAUAGCAAAAACUGAUGAAAGGAAAUUUAAUGAGUUUUUGGCUAAUGACAGAAUUAAGUCAUUUGAUGAUUUUAAUUCAUUGUUUAAAUCUAAAAUCGAACUACCAGACGAUGUCCUUGCCUUAAAAACAAAUAAAAACAUUACACUUAUUCUUUUCAUGGAUUUUGAUAACUGCCCAGAAGUUGUUAAGAGUAUAAAGAUUGCACCUUCUUUAUCUUUGCAAAUUUUUAUUGGCUCGCAGGAAUUAGAUUCCAAACAAUACUCGCAUCUUCUAAGUAAUGGCGUAUUAACUUUUUGGAGCCAACUAGAAAACAUUGUGUCCAUGGUUAAAAGCGCCUCAAAAACAAAUGUUGAAGUGAAUGAUUUAGAUGUAAUUAUAGCUCACUUUCACAAGUUAAUGGAUCAAUAUUCAGAUUGUGAAAAGAAAAAAAAACUAAUAUUCAUUUGUGAGCAGUUAAAAUUGGCAUUAAAGCCUAAGACCUCCAGGAGAUACAGUACCGACAUGUAUCGCUUUGCUGCAUCUUUAUUUGUUGUGUCCCCAUCCUGUUACAGAUCAAUAUUAAAUUGUAAAAUGUUGACACUUCCCUGUGUGGAUUCCAUUAAAAAGUUGCUAAAUGUGUUAAGCUUGAACUGUAGCACAACAGUAGAGGAUAAUAUCCAUUAUAUAAAAGCCAAAUGUGAGAAGCUUACUGAAAAUGAAAGGCUCGUAAAUUUGUCACUUGAUGAAAUUUACAUUAAGCCAAAGAUUUCAUAUAAAGCUAAUCAAAUUACUGGUUUUUCAGAGAAUAAAGAAAAUGUGGAAGCUACAUCUAUUCAAGCAUUUAUGAUUGCUUCGAUAUAUUCCCCUUAUGAGGAAGUGGUGGCGUUAGUGCCUGUGAGCGGAAUGACUGCUGAAGACCUUCUCCGUCUAACAAAAGAAGCUUUAUGUAUUUUGCAUAAGGCUAAUUUUAAUGUAAUUUCUCUUAUUGCUGAUAAUAAUGCUGUUAACCGAAAUAUGUUUAAAGAACUCGCUGGAUGUAAAUUAUCGAGUGAACCUUCGAUAAACCCAGCAAGUGGGGCCCCACUAUAUUUGAUUAUUGAUCCAGUUCAUAUUAUGAAAACAAUACGCAAUAAUUGGAUAUGUCAAGCAGAUGUGGAAAAAACUUUUGUUUGUCCUGUUUUCAAUAAUUUGAGUAAUAUUAUGAAGCCAAGAUUUUGCCUACUGAGAAAUAUGUUUCAGUAUGAAAAACAGAAUGCUGUUAAACUUGCAUUUAAGUUAAAUGUAAAGACUGUUUACCCAACAAAAAUGGAAAGACAGAAUGUGCUGCCAGCACUAAAUGUUUUUCACGAAAGUAAUAGUGCUGCUCUAGAGCAGCUUUCAGAAAAAAAUAUAGCCUCAAUACACACAGUGGAAGACACCAUUGCUUUCUUGAAAUUGAUAAAGAGAUGGUGGGAUAUUUUAAAUGUUUCACAUGAGAAUAAAGGGAUUUUCAUAAGAAGUUUUGACUCUCUUCCACUCAGUGAAGCAAAUACUGAAAGCUUUGAGUUUUUGGAAAAUUUUUUACUGUGGAUUAAAAAGUGGCAAGAGAUGAAGCAAUUGCCAAGGCAGGGUUGUUUCUCUAAAGAGACAUUUUUUGCCCUUAUUCAAACAACGUCAACAAUUGUGGCCGUAUCAAAAAGACUCUUGGAAAAUGGUGCAAGAUAUGUGCUAACUACUAAAUUUCACAGUGAUGUCCUGGAAUUCCGUUUUUCACGGUAUCGACAGUUGUCUGGUUCGAAUUAUCAUGUAUCUUUGCAACAAGUCCUUGAAUCUGAGCGUAAACUUCGGGUAAAAUCACUGCUGAAGUUGCAUUCGAAAACGUAUGGUGAUAUUUCGCUCCGGCUUUUUUUCUCCGACUUUGAAUCUCCUAUGGAAAAAAUAAACAUAGAGCCAUUUAUCGAUAUUCUUGAGGAUUUAAAUGUGUCUUGCGAUAACAUUGAAAUUCUGACUUAUAUUACUGGAUACUGUGUAUACAAGCUUAAUGUUGAUUGUGAUGCAUGCUAUGAUUUAUACCUCAGUCCUUUCGAUUUGAAUGUGGAUUUUGAUACCAAACUUUUGUCAUCAGAAACUGAAAAAUUUCAUAACAGUUCCUAUCUUGAUAUGCUUAAUAGAGGAGGGUUGAAAAAUCCAUCUUGUGACAUUGUUUAUAUUGUUGCUGUUUGUUUUGCUAUUUUUCAGAAAUUAAUAUCUAGUAAGUAUGAAAAAUUGUAUCAAUCUCUAUCUGUUAAUCAACAUAACAUUUUAGUUAAGCUAACUGAAUUACAUUUGUAUCAAACAUCAAUAGUUGAUAUGGAACAAAUUUGUGAAAAAUGUAACUAUAAUUUUUCUAAGCGUGUUUUAAAAGUUAUCAAUUCCUUUUCUAAUGUGUGUUUAAAUAACUAUUCAAAAGCUAAAACUGAUGAAUGUGUAUUAAAGAAAAUGAACAAAAUUGAGAUGAAAAAAAAUAAUGUUAAUAAGAAGCGUAAAGCUGAAAAUAAUAAUAAAGAAGAAAAAAGAAAAUUGGAUAAAUUUUCUAAAUAACUUGCUUAAAACAUUGUGUCUUAAAUUGCUUAAUACUUCCAUCUGUUUGUUUAUUGUGUUGCAAAAUUAUUGAAUUCCUUGUCGUAAAUUUUUAUAAUUUAUAUAACAAUUGUAAUUACAAAAUAUUAUAUUCGAUAAAUAAGUUCUAUAAUAAUAUUUUAAUGUUACCACGUGAAGCACAUUUAAUUAUAAAACUUUGUAAUGUGUUAGUCUAUAAAUAACUAUCAGUCCGCUGAUUUUUAUUUACUGUAAAAACGUUAUUUAUACUUUUAGGUAUAUUUAACUAUUUAUUCUUGGUAAUUAUAGUAUAAUUAUUAUAUCACUUAUUUAUUAUUAAUCAAUCGUAUUAUUUUAUAAUUUGAUGUUUUGAAUUUACAUAGGUCUGGAAAUUUUGUAUAUAAUUGAAACUAUGAUGCAUCAAAAUAUAUUUUUAAUUUUUAUACAAGAAUAAACAAAAAGAGUAAGGUGUAAACAAAAGGAGCAUGUUACAAAUUAUUGAAGUAGAGUGUUAUGAAGUUGAAAUCUAUUGAUGUGUCUUUUUAUAAAUUAUUUAGAAUUAACUGUAGGAAUAAGUAAUACUAUUAUCUCAAUCUUGGUCAUGAAUAAUGUUUCUUUUUUAUAAUUGAUUUAAUGGUAAUAAAAAAAAUCUCAUUUUUAAGGUAUUAUUGCUCAUUUUUAUAUUUUAUUUUGUCUUGUAUUGAUAUUUAUUAAUAAGCAUGCGUAACAAUUAGUGAACUGAUUUUUCAUUACUUUAAAAGCAAUUACCUGUAACUUUGCAUAAAUCUGUUUUUAUAAUAAUCAGAAUUUAUAAUAAUUCUAGUAGCAGAUUUUAUUUAGACAAUCUGCAUCACAAUUUUUAUAAAUUCAUAGUUGUCUGUAACAUAAUCAGAGACUAUUUUUUAUAAAAUUUGAACCUAAACUAGCUAACAUGUUGCAUGUAAAUUUCAAGUAUAAAUUGGAUAAAAAUAAAGUAAAAAUUUUUGUUUUUUAAAACUCAUUUGAGGUUUCUAUACAACUUCAAAAUAUAAUUAAUCCUUAUGAAAUUAAAAUCUUUAAU